CAAUUGUUGUUCGCUCGCGAUUUUCCUAAAUAAUAAAAGAUUUUAUUUCAAUUGACGUUUUAUGAAAUAAUAAGUUAGAUUAAAAUUUCAUUAAAUGAAUGCAAUCAUCAACUUGAAUCACUUUUGUGAAAUUCAUGGUCCACAGAUAAUAUUCUCAACUCAAACAAUUCGAGACAAAUCUUUACUCAAUAAUUCAUCCACAAUAAGUUCCUCAAAUGUGACAAUUAAUAGCAUUUGUUCUGCAUGUAGUUCCAUUGGAAAUAAAGUUCUUUUUGUAUCCAAAGAUAACAGUAGUUCAAUAAUGUUUUUGAGCAGCGAAAAGGCUGUUUUGGGGAAAAGUUUUGGAACCACCACAUUGCGAAGCUUAAGUUGCGAGAAUUCAUCGAAUGACCAAGAGGGACUUGUUUACUAUGGCGACUCCCGUCUAAAUUCUUUAUAUUUUACUUUUAAAAUCAAAGAUUCAUUGGCUCGAGGAUUUGAAAAAUGUUAUUCGAUUGUUAUUGUUAUGAAGGAUAAGAUGUUUCUUCUGAACACACAACCAUUCUUGUCAAACGCAAUCAAGGAAAUUGUGAAUCAAAUGCAAAGUAACGCAUCGAAAAUAUAUGAAACUGAAGAAAAACAAUUUCCUCAACGAGCAGAGCGAUUAAACACGGGAAAACCUUCAAAUGUUCCUCCAAGAUCUUUGAAAGAGCUUACAGGAGAGUUAAACAUUUUUGCUCAUUUGCAUUCACUCUUUUCUUGGAUUCUGUUUGCAGGUAGUCGAUAUCAUACGGAAACACUUGCAUUGGGUUCUCCUUCUGUACCAGCACUUUACAAGGACAUUGAAGAAGGAUUUGCAUUUAUUCAAAUCGACAGAGUAGAAUUCUUAAUGAAUAAUUUUCCAUCAAGACCAAGCGAUGUUUCUGUAAACAGUGAAAACGACAUUGAAAGCAGUCAAGGCAGUUACAGCUUACGCACACUUAAGAAAUGUUUUAGCUCAUCGAUUUUUAAUCAUAUUUUAUACUACUGUUUAGUGGGAGUACCAAUAAUUAUCAGAGGAAAAAGAAGUAGAGAUUUGGCUCAUUAUUUUCGGGAUCUUUUGCCGUCACCGCUGCAUCGUCAUAUAGUUGAGUCUAAAAAAUAUAACAGCUCUGUAAAAAUCUUAUGUCUUCCACUGGAUGCUCUUAUACCAUCAACAAAUGCAUGUCGUAUCGAUUUGAAGGAUGAACAAAUAGAAUCGAGCAUUUGUAAAUGCCCACUUGAAUUGCCACCAAAACUUCCAUCGUUGAUGGUGAAAAUUUUAAAUGCUGUAGAUGAAAAAGCGUUUUCAGAUACAGUCUUGGAUCGUUUUUUGAAAGCAUUAAUGGAAGAAUGGAAAAACAAAGUCAUUUGUUUGUCACAUCAUGAAUUAUCUAAACUACAUGAAAUGAAGAAAGUUCUUGGAAUACAACCACAUGAUGAAAAUUUAGUUCAUUAUUGGCUGAGUGCAUUUUAGGAAAUUCCUGUUCUAAUUUAAGUUUUAAUUCUUGUUCAUCUAACAUGUUUCAUAAAUCCAAAUAUUCUAUUUAUAUUCAUGAAAAACUGCAAAAAUAUUUUAUUGAAAUAAAACGCUAGAUAUAAUUUUUUUCUUGUUAAUA